AGAACAUCGUCAUAUAUUUUCAUAAGGUCCUAAUGUGGCCACUAUCAUAUUUUGGACUUGAAGGUUCCUGCCAAACUAAUUUGUAUAAUAGCAUUGUGUACAAUCUUGAUGAUUAGAAAACACUUUUGAAAUAUUCAUCACCAUCCAAAAUAGCUCAACACUUUCGCUCGUCGUUCUCGUACACAUGACGUCACUCGGUGGAUGUAAGGCGCAUGCCCAAUAGUUCGGGAUCGUGACCGACCGAUAGCCCACCAAUACCCUCACCGGUUCGUGAAAAUUUUGCUCCUCACGGCGUACGCACGGGUGGAGUUUGCCUCGAAGUAUGCAAUCGACAUCAAAAGGACGUCAGCUUUCGUGUCGGUCGCAGUGUUGCUGAACGUGGGUACGCUCCGUGGAAUUAAGAGAGCAACAAGUGCGUGACGUGUUCUAUGUAAAAAUAUAUGUAUCAACAUAAAAACAAUCAAGUGAACUAGUAGGGAAAAAAUAACAUUUCGGAAUAUAAUCCAUGUAAGUGAACUAAUAACAAAAGUGAAGUCAAAAACCUCUUGCAUAAAAUCAUUACUACAAAGUGUACAUUAUGUAAACGUCGGAUCCCACAAUAGCAGAAAUCAACGAACGCAAGUGGAAUAAACCUGGGACAGCGUGUACAGUGUAUUGCGUGGUUUACUUUCCCCGAAGGAUAAUAACCAUCGAGCCAGCAUAACCAGAAGCAUAUUAUCGAAUAUUGCCGCACUAUAGACGUACGUACAGAACGGGCGGAUGUGUUUUCUCGGAGCGGUGAACUAGCACAUUUUCUGCCUCCUACACACUAGGAAAUUCUACUCCGGCAACGUUGGCGACGUUGGGGUGGAAAGCUCGUUAAGUGAGUAAACAUUCGAAGGCGAGCAAGAUUGAGUGGGCAGGAAUCGUUCGUCGGGGGGCCCACACUUUGACGGAGGAAAAUAUUACGAUACACGAUUAUGAUGGUGGCUGUACUGCGUUCGAUCAACUGCUCCCUUUCGAACUAUUUCUCGGAGCCGUAGCAAAAGUUUCCCCCCCUAGAGCUGUUGUUAUUGUACCCCUAGUACUGCCAUCAUCACGGAGAAGGAAACUAUCAAACAUUUGCACUCUUGCCGACGUCGUCGUUCUUGGCAGCGUGUAGUGACGCAGCCGGAAGUUCGCCAUCUCCGGGGGAAAAACCUCGAAUGAAACGAGUGGAAGAGAACAUUUUAUGCUUCCGUAAUGCUGUUUGAUACGUCAUUGUCGUUAAAUUAAGCAAUUUAUACGCUACUUUGCAUAAGUGUUUGGGACGACGAGUAGUCACGGUCGCCAUCUACGGAAGGACUCGGUUACAAGCAUUACUCUACAUUUCCCACAAACACACACUGUAGUUACUUCAGUGCAUCUUCGAGUGUUCAACAAAGGGAGCGGAAGUUCAAGUGCUACUCGGCUGUGCCGUCGUCGGUUUGAUAUAUGACUCUGGUGGAACUGUUGCCAUUCAUGCUAAGAAAGUAACCUGUUACGCGCUCCGCCCCACCCGUUCUAUAUCAAUCAAGCUUAAGUGUUAGUAGCUGUCAGAAAUUAAUAAUCGCCCACUUAAAAGACGUGCUUAUACUUUUAACGGUUCCGUUUUGGCGCGUUAUCAGCCCGAAAAUAAAAGUUAAUUGUCGUACUUUCGCCUGCCAGUUAAAGACAAUCCAAAGUAACGACGGAACAGGAAGCAACCUCGAACAACUUUCAACAUCGAUGAGUGUUCCACCAAAACAAAAAAAAAGCAAAAUGAUAAAGCAUAAUUAACGUUCGUGAGCACAUCUACGCCGAGGUUAAUUGUCGUCAGACUGACGGCCGUGACCGCGGAAAAUACACCCGGAAGUGAUACCAGUGCAGUGUCGGUAGCUGUUGAGGAAACGUUGAUUGUUACCAAGCACCUGUCGCCGCCGGAUUAGCUGAUUCCUGGGAGCCGAUACGGAGGCACUUAUUGAAUUUUAAGUAGCUUCGACAGCCAGCAACGAGGAGAAUAGCGCCAGCAAAAACAGAAGUUGACAACUUUUUGCUUGUUUGAGAUUUUGAAAGGAAUGAAAUUCGAUCCAAUGUUAUCGAACGUUUUUUGACGAAUACCUGGUAGAUGGUAAGCGCCGUGACCCGCUCACUUUUGAAUGUUGUCGGGUGACAUUUUGGUCGGAUCACCAUUGAGCGUGGUGCUGCUACCGCCACCCUCAUUAAUUGAGUUUUGUAGAACUAUGGCAGCUCUCGCCACGCUCGCCAAUCAGCAAAAUAUCGAUGAUGACGACAUUUUCCUAGAGAACGGCUUGCUAAGCUACGAAAAUCCCAACUACCAUAUGGAUCCACUUCGAAUGGAGCGUAACUCGCAUCUGUACGAGGAGAUUAUCUCCGAACUGCAGCAGCAGGGCACUCUUCGACCUGCCGGAAGCGUAAACCUGGUUCGGGAUCCGAGUCUUCUGGGUAGCAAUCGAAAAGGAUACAUGGACAUUGCAUCAAUGGCGGUGGAAGGGAAGGAGAUGGACAACUCACUGAAGGACAAACAGAAGUUGCUAGAUGGAUCACCCAACGAAUCGGAAAUGCAGAAGGACGAAGUCUCGGAAAAGAGCGAAAAGACUCAAGAAGAGGAGAUCAAACACAUAGCUGGAACACUGAAUGCUGAUGAUUUAUAUGCCGUGCCGAACAAGAAGAAGCAGCAACAAGUGGGAGAGGUAGUCCCUGAUGACGAGGAGGAAGAUGAAGAGGAAAAAGGCAAACAGGAAGAUAUUGAAGCAAUCGAGGACAAGGACAAAACCAACGAUCUACCACCGGGAUGGGAAAAACAUGAAGACAAUGGCGGUCCCUACUAUUGGCACAUCAAAUCGGGAACAAUACAACGCGAGCCACCAGUCUGGCCGAAAGAACCACCGAAAGAGCUUAAGACACCGAUCGCGCCGACGCCUCGCUACAUCCAGAACUCGAUGUUCUCGCAAACGUUGGCCAGCCUGUACGGAACACCGAAGCCGGAGACCGGUUCCAGUUCUUCGAGCAGUGGCCGACUGCACGAAAGCAUCUCGUCCGUUACCCGCAGCAGUACCAGCUCAGCGCUGGAUCAGGAAGACGAGCGGCGGCGGAGGGAGGAUAUAGCGCUAAAACGACGAAGUUUCCCACUGAAAUCGGACACCGAUCGACCAAUUCGGUUUGCUGUACGCUCGCUAGGUUGGGUGGAGAUUGCGGAAGAGGAUCUUACGCCAGAGCGAUCCUCGAAGGCGGUCAACAAGUGUAUCGUAGAUCUUUCGCUAGGAAGAAACGAAAUGCUUGACGUUGUGGGUAGAUGGGGUGAUGGCAAAGACUUGUUCAUGGAUUUAGACGAAGGUGCUUUAAAAUUAAUUGAUCCAGAAACGCUGACAAUACUAAAUUCGCAGCCGAUCCACACGAUACGAGUGUGGGGCGUCGGUCGGGAUAAUGGAAGGGAUUUUGCUUACGUGGCCCGAGAUCGACUCACCCGAAUCCACAUGUGUCACGUUUUUCGAUGUGACACUGCCGCCAGGACGAUCGCCAACACGCUAAGAGACAUCUGCAAGCGAAUAAUGAUUGAACGAUCCCUCCAGCUCGAUGCGAGCAGUUCCAGUUCGGGCAGUUCUCGUUGUGCGAUACGUCCUACUGAUCUACCGACUGAGCAUCGACGAUGGAUACGGCAUCCGGCAUCUUUUCCCACCCCGAUGGAGGAACCGAAGAAGGUCCUAAGGGCACAAUACAUCGGUUCUCUGGAGGUCGACCAACCAACCGGUAUGGAGGUGUUGAAUGACGCCAUCGGAAAGCUUGUGACCACUACCCCCGUGGAGAACUGGGACAACGUCAACGUAUCGGUGGCUCCCAGUAUGAUCAGUGUGAACACCUCGGACCAGGAUGCACGCCUGCUGUGCGAAUGCCGAGUGAGGUACCUUAGCUUUUUGGGAAUUGGAAAGAACAUCAAAAACUGUGCGUUCAUCAUGCACACCGCACAGGACAAAUUUGUGGCACACGUGUUCCAUUGUGAACCUUCUAGCGGGGCACUGUGCAAAACGAUAGAAGCUGCUUGCAAGCUUCGGUACCAAAAAUGUCUCGAUGCUCAUCCUGAGGGGAGUGGUCGCUAUUCGGCAGAUUCCCACACGCCGGGAAAGGGAAUUGGAGCGACUUUAAAAAACUUGAUGAGCUCGUUCUCACUAAAAAAGGAUAAGGCCAGUUCCUGAGAACGAGCAAAAUCACUGCAGUAAAUCAAGACCCCCGUAAUUGUAAUUUAGGAAAUCUGGCCACAUGCCGCGGAACGGGAAGUCAUCCCCCAUCGGCACCUGCAGUCGCCACUGAUAAGCCAGAACAUCUUCGAGUGUCCCAACAGUCCGUAGCGUAUGAUGCUACCAGCAGCCUGGCAGAAGAUAGCACUCACCAAAGCCGCUGGAGCUCCCUGUAGUAUUAGUAGUAGUAGUAGAAUUGAUAGCAUCAGCAACAGCAGCCGCAAAUCAUCACUAUCGUCGCUGUCGAUAGCAUCUAUCGCGUCCACGCUAUCGUCGGAGUCGUCCAGCACGAUGGUAUCGUACAUCAGUCACGUCAACAACCACCAUCAACAGGCAACAGCCUGUGGCAGCAACAGCACUAGCAUCGUAAGCAACAGCAGCAGCAGCAACAACAACAACAACAACAGUGAUAGUAUUAAAAAUAGUCAGAUCUGCAAACGAAUCGCUGUUAACGCAGGCGUAGCAACUACAUCAUCGCAACUUACGGUAACGGCCGAGGAGUUGCAACAGCAGCAUCAGCAGCAGCAGGAACUGCUGCCCAAAUGUGGUGACGGAAGCAACUGUACCCACGGUAAGCUAGAUUGUGUGAUUGAAGAGUUCUUAUAAUUGUACGCUGAUUGAUCACCUGGUUUUAUAGGUUAACUGAAUAGGUUCUGUACGGAUGCUGCAAUUACUUAGCUAAAACAAAUGUGUAGGUACAUUGUAAGGUAGUUUGAAAUUUAUAAAGGCGUGAGAGAAAGAUAGAUUAUAUUUUCACCAUUUAUGUUAGAACAUAGGGCGAACGGAGUGGUUGAUGCAGCAACCCAUCGGUAGAAGGAUAACUGAAAAUGUGCCAUAUGAUGGAGCUAGUAGAUGGUUCAGGAAAAGCCACUGGAAGAAAUGUGAUGGUUUCGAGUUUUCAAAGCAUGGUGGAAGAAAUGUAUACUAGUGUGGGUCAUCGGAACCGUUUUCUCAGAUCAAAGCUUUUCUGGUUCCGUUUCGGGUCUUGAGUAUCUGUGCAAAAUUUGAGCACGAUCGGUUGCGUCUACACUUUGCGCAUUGCAAUUGAAAUUUUGUAUGGGAAAACAUAUUUUUUUGCAUUCUUGUCAUAAGUUGAAAAAGAUUGUCUGAAACUUUUUAACCGAUACUAUAAAAUGAUAGCCUAGGAUGUUCUGAAAAACUUUGUUGUAGAUCGCUAAGCGAUCCGAUGCUUGUAAAAAUAGUUAUAACCAACGAACCGCAUGCAUGUGUUUAUGUUUUAACAUGUAAACUUUACAUUGUAAAGGAAUAACAAUAGCAACAAAAUCACACUGUUUCGCCAAGCAAUGACAACGCUAUAACUUUUUUCAUAAGCAUCAGAUCACUUCGCGGUCUUCGACAAAGUUUUUCAGGACACCCUAGACUAUGUUUUCAUUUAUCAGUUACAUGGUUUUAGAAAAAUUCGAGCUUGUUAUGAGAGAAAUGCAAAAAAGUGUGUUUUUCUAUGUAUUGCGACAUUUGCACCCAUUUAGACUCGGCCGAAAUUCAUUAUCAUCACAGUCGAAUUUCGUACACGACUUCGCAGCGGCUGGCAUACACAAGUUCCGUUGAGUUCAUCACAGGGGCGUCGGAUGCACAACAGGUAAACAAAAUCAGUUUAAUUAGUGUGAAAUGUCGCUGGGAAAUGAUGAUUCAGUGGAUUCUCAAAUUAUCACAGUAGUCUAAACAUCAACAAGAAACCCAAUAAAACCCCAUACAAACUUCAAACGCGAUGCGCAAAACGUAGGCAUAACCGAUCGUGCCCAAAUUUUGCACACUUAUCUGGGUCCUGAAAUGGGAUCAAAAAAGCUUUGAUCUAAUGGGAUACCAUUGAAUUUUUCAUUUUUCUAUAUAAACGAUGACCCACUCUGAUGUAUACCCAUUUAUGCAGCCAUCCCUCUGCCAAAAUGAGCAUUACUAAGAAUCAAUUCAAAUAUUCUACUGGAUACGAUUUGACUACAAAAAUUCUAGUUUUCAAACGUUGUUCUCCUUUUUGCCUUUCUCGUUUACUAAAUGUACUGGAAAGCCUAUAUGUUCACUCAAAAGUUCGACAAAUUGAGAUGAUGUCUGUAUGUGUAUAUGUAUGUAUGUCUGUGCGCAAAAUAAGUUGACUCACUUUUAAGGCAUUACCUCAUUCUUCUUCUUUAUUGCUCGACUUUCCAACUGGGACUUGACCUGCCUCGCUUCAACUCAGUGUUCUUUGAGUACUUACACUGUUAUUAAUUGAAGCAUUGUAUUUAUAUUGUGAGGCAACUACAAUGAUACACUAUGCUACGAGAAAAUGUUCCUGACCGGAACGGGAAUCGAACCCACCGUCUCCGGAUUGGCGAUCUAUAGCCUUAACCACUAGGCUAACUGAAGGCAUUGCCAUUGGCUGAUUUUUUUUGGAUUUUAGCACGAAUCGAACCGGAAUUUUACCGCAUUGUCUGCUAUUAAAAAUAAUUCGGUUCGGUCAAGGCGUUCCGGAGUUCAUGGUCAUUUCAGUGACCCGGACCAGCACCGGUAGAGCUUGCUGUAUAUAAAACUGAACCAAGCCCCCAGGGGAGUAGCCAGCUUUUUGGUCAGAGGGGUGGGGGCAAGCAUCCUUAGCAAAUUUGUACCUACUAGCUUUUAUAACUAAACGCAGCACGAUGAAAUUGAGUAUAUUAACAUUAUAUUCUGAAAUCAUUAUUUCAUCCUUCAGCACUCACGCUGUUGUAUUUUGUUCAGAACGUUAAAAAAAGCUCUACACAAAUCAACGUGAUGCAGGUAGCGGUGACCAAUUUCUGGAAGAUUAAGAAUUUUUAUUCACUCGUGCAUUAUUUUGCUCUGAUUUUUAUAUUGUUAAAGUUUACAAAAUAUUCAUAAGAAAUUAUAGCUAAAAUCUUUUGAAAAUUGUAUUUGAUUUUUUUAACUUUUUUGAAUACUAACCUAGAAUUUCCUGGUUCCUGUAUGCAUCCUUUUAAAAUUAUCUUCUAAUAUUAUUCACUGGAGGAAUUUCUCCACAAAUUCUUGAAAUAAUUUAAGAAAUCAUCACGUAAUACUGAAAAAGUUCUUGGGUACAUUCCUGAAAAGAUUUUUGAAGGAUGCCUGAAAUUUUUGAAGGAACUCCGGAACGAAUUUUUGGAGAGAACCUGAGAGGAAUUUCUGAAGAAAUCACUCGAGGAAUUCCCGGAGAAAUCCCUGGAAGACUUUCUGGAUAAAUCCUUGAAGUAAAAUCUGGAUGAAUCCCUGUUGCAAUUCCUACAGAAAUGCUUAGAGGAAGCUCUGUAGGAAUUCCCGGAGGAAUCCAUGGCAGAGUUUUUGAAAGUAUACCUGGGGAAAUUUCUGUAUUAAUUAUUGGAGAAAUUUAUGAAGAGAUCUCAUGAGAAAAUCCUGCAUAAAUUUCUGGAGGAUUCCCUGAGGGAACUCUUGGAGAAAUCCCAGAAAAGAUUCCUGGAGGAAUCCUUGUAGCAAUUUCUGGGAAAAUCUCUAGCGAGAGUGCUGGAGGAAGCCUGGAGAAACUUCUGAACAAAUUCCGGGCGUAAUUCCUGGAGGAACACUUGGAUAAGACCCAGCCGGAAUUCCUGGAGAAAUUUUUUGGAUGAAUUCUCGGAGCAAUCUCUGGAAGAAUUUUCCAGAAUCCCUUGAGAAAUUCCAGAAAGAUUUCCUGGAAGAACCCUUGGAGGAAUUUCUGGAGGAAUACCUGGAAGAAUCGCUGGGAAUAUCCCUGAGGAUAUAUUCGUGAGGGAAUCCCUGGAGGAAUCCCUGAAGAAAACUCUGGAGGAUUCUCUGAAAAAAUCCUGAAAGUAUUUCUGGAAGAAUCUGAAGAAAUCCCUAGAGGAUUUCCUGGAGAAAUUCCUGAAGGAAUUGCUGAUAUAAUUUCUGAAGGAUGUCCAGAAGCAAUUCCUGGUGUAUUUCCUGGAGGGAUUCCAGGAGAAGUUCCUGGAGAAAUUCCUGGAUAAAAUCCUGGAGGAAUGCCUGGAGAAAUUCCUCGAGGUAUUUGUGUGGGAAUCGCUUGAGGAAUCUAUAGAGGAAAUCUUGAAAGAAUUACUGGAUGAAUUUUUGAAGAAAUCUCCAGAGGAAUUCUGGAAGAUUGCUAUUUAUAUAUUUUCUUGAAUAGAUCUCAGGAGAAAUUCUUGGAGAAAUGCCAGGAGGAAUCCUUGAAAAAUAUCUGAGGAUAUUUUUGAGGAAUUUCCUGGAAAAAUUUCUGAAAAAAUCCCCAGAAAAUUUUCUGAAAAAAAAAUAUCCGGAAAACAGAAUGAAUGGUGUAAACUCAGUGAUGAACUAUCCAAAGUGUUAAAAAUAAAUCAAUUUGUAAAAAAAGGAGAAGAAUGGUGUAAACAGACGCAAAAUAACAUUCUGAUCGGGUGAUCCGGAUAAAAUAUGACAUUUUUGUAGCUGGAAAAAUAAUGAGAGACAUUCUGGAUAAUUUUUUUUUAGUAAUUCAAGAAAAAAAAACCGGUUGAAUUAUUAGAGAAAAUUCCUCAAAUGGAGGAGAAAGUGCCUCAGGAGCCGACCUACUGAUACCUUGGUUUUAGCAAUGAGAGAAAUCCAUGACAACUUUUACAACGAUUUUCAAGAUUUGUGAAAGAAAUUGUGGGAGGAACUUUAAAUGGGACUCCAAUUACGAGGAGUGCAAUUACGGGAGAUGGCUCGAGUGAAAUUCAGGAAGAAACCUAUAGAUUUUCGGAUGAAGUUUUAUGGGAAACCCGACAAGAAUCCGUGAUUAUACCUGGAGAAGAAAAAAAAAAAAAAAAAAGACGCGGACACCGUCUUCAGCCAGAGGCUGUACAGACUGAAUGAAACUAAACAUUAGACAAGGGACACACGGAGCAUGCACCAGUGGAUACGGAGAAGAAACUAUUCUCACGAAAAGUUUCAUCGCCCGGAGCGGGAAUCGAACCCUCACCCCAUAGCAUGGUGCGAUUAGAAGCUUGGUGACCCUAACCGCACGGCUACGAGGCUCCACCAAAUUGAAUUCCGAAAGAUGAAUAUCGUGGCAAAUCUGCGGUGGGUCUUCAUAAGCUAUCUCUGAUGAUAUUACAGGAGAAAUUCCGAAAGAAAUUCUGGGACAAAUCUCAGAAAAUUGUUGGAGAUAUCUCGAAAUGAAUUCUGAACAAAAAACUCGGGAGGUAUUAUAAGUUGAAUUCCAGUAAAAAUUUUAGAAGGAAUUCAAGAAGAAGUCUCGAAAGGAAUUCCAGAAGAAAUUCCGAAUUGAAUUCCCGGCAGAAAUUUUGAUUUGAUAGGGUAUAUGUACCAUUCCUUGGCCUAAUUUGCAAGCCUCCUUCACAAUUUUGACCAUAACUCAUGAAUUAAUAGCACUAGAAAUAAUAUGUUGAGCCUAUUACACACUCUAGGCAAUGCAUGUUUCACCAAUUGGAAGUAAACUAACGUAAAUAUUCAAGAAUUUACUUAAUUAAGUUGAAAAGAGUUGAUGCGAUGGUAUGCAACAUUGGUCUAUGGUACAAAAAUUGGCCUAUAAGUGGAUACAACGUUGGCCUAUUGCUUUCCAUGCACUAGAACCACUUAUUAUCUCAUUUUUUCAAUAUUUCUGCUGAAGUAUUAUCUCUGUUUGUUCACCAAUCUUACUUGUAAAUUACAUUUUCGGAGCCAAAUUUUCAAAAAACUGUAAAUAAAUUACUUAAAUUAAAGUUCUUUCUAAUUUAUUAACGAAAACAACGCAACCCUAUUAUUGUGUUAGAUUUUUACAGUCACCGUACACAAAAUCUUUACUCUUCUUCGUUCUUUCUGGUUCUUAUGCAAGCAAUGUUGUUUACGUCACUUUUUCGGUGUUCUUGAUGUCACUUUACUGAUGGGCCCAAAAUUUGGGUACAUAGUGGAAAAAAUGUCCUCAAUAUUCGGCCCACAUUCGAUUUGUAAAAUAUUUAUUAUUCAUUGAAAACAAAUAUACAAGUUCAAAAUAGCGCCUUUGACCGUCUUAUCAAAUGUUGAGUUAUUGAAAAGUCAGUUCGAAAUGUUCCAGAAACAUGCCAUUUAUGAUCAUGUGUAUAGACUACCCACUUAGCCGAAGAAUCAUAGCGUCUACAAAAGCUAAACAAAGUGACAUUUUCAUUCAAUUUCAAUGCUCCAAAGUGCUAAAAUUGAAACGAAAUGUUACAGUUGUUUGUCGAAUAGCUUUUCCGAUAUCCAGUUAUGCAUGUUUGUUUGAGUUUUUGGUUAACGUUGAGAUAGGCCGAACGAGGGGACUAUGCCAACGAAGCAUCCCGAUACCCUACUUGUAAAAAUCUAUGUUCAAAUCAUGUGAAAAAUUUCGGAAAAUGUUUUGGGAAAACAAAUUAACAACAACAUCAACAAGGAAUCUCGGAACAAAUCUUGGGAUGAAUUCCAAAAGACAUCCGGAACGUGUUCUCGUAAAAAAAUAGUGAAAUUCAAAGAGAUUCCAGAAUAAAUCCCGGAAAGAUCUCAUGAGAAAUCUCUGAAAAAGUAAGUUUUUGAUAAAGUUCCGAGAGAUGUCUCUAUUAGAAAUCAAACAAAAAUCUCAAAAAAAAAAUGUUUUGAAAGUAAUUGCUAAAAAAAAUGCGUGAAAACUCCGGGAAUUUUUUCCAUGGAAAAAUUAAAGCAAAUUCCUGGAAUAGUCUCGAAAGAAAUGUGGAGCGGACCUGGUGUGAUGGUUAGAACACUUGACUAUCGCGCCGAGGACCUGGGAUCGAUUCCCACUCCCAACAAACUCGCAAAAAUGUGAGUUCUUCCUUCGGAAGGCAAGUAAAGCGUGGGUCCCGAGAUGAACUAGCCUAGGGCUAAAAAUCUCGUUAAUACAGAUUAAAAAAAUCGAAAGAAAUCUUCAGUUGAAUACCAGACGAGAUCUAAAUAGGGUAAAACAUGGCGAAGAAUCUCGGAUAAGUUUUUGGUAGAUAUUUCGGAACAAAUUCAAAAGCCUCUUGGGAUACAUUCUUGGAGAUAUUCUAAAUAUUUGUAUUUGUAUUUAUUUAACAAAUCCAACUGACCAGUGUUGGUCUCAUUGAAUUGCUUAACCUACUUUAAAUUUCGUACAAUACCGACGUACUUAAAUCUAGCAAACAAUUAUCAUAUUACUAAUCACAUUGAUCAUAUACAUCAUAUCCAUCAUUUACAAUACAUAAUAUAUAAUAAUCGCUCUACACAAAAUUACAAUAUACAUCAAUAAACAUAGCAAUCAAAAGCUUCAGGCCAUUUACUCCUAAACAAUCUAUUUAACAAACAAAAACAGUGCACAAACAGUUAUAUUCAAUGACAAGGCUUCCAAGUGUAAUUUGAACGAUUAACAAACUCGCGGAACUUUAUACCUUUUGGCCAAGAAGAUGUAUUUAGAGCAACUGGUUUCAGUUUCGUGUUCAGUACGAUCUUGAAUGAAAUAUAGUCAACGGUAUUGAUGUUUUUCGAUUUCGGAAAAAGCUUCACUACAUCUUUACAAUUUGAUAUCGGAGCAUCUAGGGACCGCGAUACCAUCAAACUAAUAUCAUCCUCAGUGGCAUUCCUGUCAAUAUUAGUUAAAUACAACGAAAACUCAUCACUAUUAUUCACACUUUGUUGAGAUGCGCUGUCGGUAGUUUCAUUUGUUCCUUCGUGAAGAUUAGGUGACGAUACGGGUGUGGAAUGACGAAACGGAGCAAUUGAAUCAGGAUUUCCAACAACCUCCGCCAGUGUGUGGACGAUUUCAGCUACCUUACAUUUCAAAUCGUUAAUUUCAUCUUCCAUGGAAUGAGUCGGCUCGGUGCUAGUUGCGAUAUCGGCUGUCAUACGUUCUCUCCAUUUGCAGAGCGAUACCAUGCAUGCAUCACAUAUCCAUACUAUAUUGCUCGAUAAAGCACAUAGAUCGGUUUCAGUCACACCAACACAGCUUGCGUGAAACGAUUUGGCGCAUUCUCCUUCGCAAAUCGUAUGGGGAUCCGUAUCUAUACUGACGAGAAGAGAGCACUUUCCACAAUUUUUGUUCAUUUUUUUUUUCACAACAAACGAAUGGCCGGUGCAAUAGCUGCUCGAGAAUUUAAUGCGCUUAAUUGUCGUAGAUGGGACAAACGUAACUGAUAACUAUAUACACCAAUCAAUUAAUCAGGCGAUAUUUUUCAAAUAUUAUACAGUUCUACACUUUUACGUUAUCGAUUCAGCAAUAAUUUCGUGUUAAAAACAGAGCAAACAAUAAUGACGGCAAUACUCAACGCUCAUGCAAUACUCAAAUAAAAUAUAUUCUUAAAAAAAAAAUCUAGCGAGAUUCCGGAAGAAAUCUUGGGUAAUAUCCCCAGACAAUUUUCUGAGAGAAAAAUUUCGAAAGAUAUUCCAGCAGAAAUUUUAUCUCAUUCGAGAGAUGUUUCGAGUAGAAAUCUAUGGGGAAUGUUAGAAGAAUGUUUGAAAGAAAUCACACAUGGAAUUCUGAGAAAACACUUAAAAGGCAAUUUAAGGAGGAAUACUGUGAAAAAUUCCUGCGGGAAUCUUUAAAUAAAUCUCGAAAGAAAUAUCUCUUUAAAUAUCGGGAGAAAUAAAGGAGAACAUUUCCGGUAAAUCUUGGAUUCAUGGAACAAUUUUACGUGAGAAAAUUAAUUCUGGCACAAAUCUCGAGAAGAAUUCUUGGAAAUGUUUAAAAUUUACUCUUUGGAGGAUCCUCGACUGGGAUUCCUGAAGACAUCUUUCGAAGAAUUUUAAGGGAAACUCCGGUUAAAGCUAUUGGAGAAAACCUAGAAAGGUAUUCUAGUAGAAACGCUGACGGAAUUUCGAGAAAUAUUGUGAAAAAUCUCAAAGAACUUUUGAAAUAAAUGGUGAAAGCAAUUGGCGAAAACAUUUGCGAAUUCUAAAAUGGUUUCUUGAAGAAAUCGCCAUGGUAUGGUGUAAGGAACCAUGUGUUGAACUAUGGGAUACAUUCAGGGUGGGAAAAUGAUUGAAAUCUCAGACAACUUCGGGAGACAUUCCAAAAUGAACUCUUAGAAGCCAGCAAUAUCGGGAGAAAUCGAGAUUGGAAUUUGGUGAGAAAUCUCGUUAAAAACUUCAAUUUAAAGGAAAAAUCCCAGAAAAAAAUUCUGAGAAAAAAUUUGAAAGAAAUUUUAGUAGAAAUCCCAUUUUAUUCGUGAGAUGUUUCAAAUAGAUGACUAUGCAAAGUUUUAGAAGAAUUUUUGAAAUACAUCAAGAAUGGAAUUUUGGAAUAAAAAUAAAAGUUAUUUGAGGGAGAAUAGAAAUCUCGAGUGGAAUAUCUGGAGAAAUGUCAUUUUAAAUUCCGGGAGAAAUAUAGGAGAAAAUUACGGGAUUCUUGAAAAAAAAAAGGCAAUGAAAGUGAAUACAUUUUGGGACAAACCUCGGGAGGAAUUCAUGGAAAUGUCUAGAAAUUACUCUUUCGAGAAAUCUCGACUGGGAUUCCGGAAGAAUUCUCGAGACGAAUUCUUGGCGAAACUCCGAGAAGUUUUUUGGAGAGAAUCUAAAAAGGUAUUCUAGUAGAAAUGCUGGUAGAAUUUUUGAAGAGGAAAUGCAGGAAAAACCUUUAACGAGCUUUUGGAAGGAGUCACGAAAACGGUUUUCGAAAACAUUUCAAGAGCAAUUCUAAUGCAAACCCUGGGUUGGUUUCUUGGAACUCGCCAUGGUAUGUUGUGGCCUGUGGGACAUCUCGGGUUGAACUCUAGGAGACAUCUAGAAUAGGAAAAUAGAUGGAAUCUCAGAAGCCUUCGGGAGAAAUUCCGUAAUGAGUUUAAAACAAACUUUCGGAGAUGCCCACAUUCUGGGGAGAAAUGGCAUCUGGAAUACCGGGACACUCGGAAUGCACUCUCGGAGUAAUCCGGAGAAAAUCUCUAAAUUUCAAGUGAACAUCCCAAGAGGAAUAUAGUGAUACAAGUUUGUAGAAAAUCAGUAAAAAUCUCGAGACGAAUUAAAAAAAAAAUGUAGAGGAAUCCUGAAUGGUUUUCGGGGAGAAUUCUUAUGUGGAAUUUUGUUCAAAUGUAUUCGCCUCUGCUGACUAAAUCUUGUUAUGUGUGACCGAAUGUUACAUGUUUUCCGUAAAUUAGGUCCCUAUUCGUCGAUCUUGCCCACAAUUAGUGAAUUUGGCAUGACAAUGGCAUUUUGAAAGGUGAUGCAUGAACGGGAAGAAAUCUAUAACUCGAAACUGGCAAAUGGAGUCAUGAUUUAGCGAUAAAUUCAUGUUUUUAUGUUCUAUAAAUAUACCAUAAAAACAGCAUGCCAUGACUCAUUUUGUCGUAACAUAACCUCAACGUUACGUUUUUCAUAUAUUAAAAAGAUUACUUGUGGCAUGGAAUUAUACCACAGGUUCUUUAAACCAUGACGGAAAUUUAAUGUAGCCAUACGCUUUUUUCAUGAUAGUACUUGUCAUGUAUAAUUUCGAUUUCGCAGGUGAAAAGCCGAAAAUUGAGCCAUGAUAUCAUGCCGUAUGUAUGCUGAAUUCCAACGAACAUUUUUGAAAUCAUAGGCCAAAUUCAUAAAGCUAGUAUUUGUCUUUUAUGAUUUUUGCUCCAGCGGCAAAAAAGUGGUAAUUGAAUCAUAAUAUCAUGAUGCAUGUACUCUAAAGUCAUGAUAGAUGAAGUAAAAAUGUCUUUUCUGGGAAUGUACCCAUUUUGCAUUCUUGCACUUUCCACUUGCUACAGAAGUUAAACAACUUGGUUAGCACUACAUUCAUAUGAUAUUUGUUUGUGUAUAUUUCUUUGCAAGAAGAAUUUUAUCAUUACCAUCUUUCCUUCAGCUACGCCCGUAAUGGAGUCGUAUAUUUUUCUUCUAUUAGCUUCUAUUUCGUCCACAUAAGUUCUGAAACCAUCACAUUCCUUCAUUGUUCGACAACGGUUACAUCUCUACCUGCUAGGUAACACAAAAAAAUCAGUAAAAAUAAACAACGGAAUGAAACGGAAACAUUCCCAAGUGAAAUAAAACCGAAUGCAUUUGUGAACGCUACAAACACAGCAACUUCAACCAGCCAUCUUGGAAAGGUAUCUUUACAAACAAAAACAUUCGCUUCAAUACAGGUUAAAUUUCUUCCCGAGAGAUGCGACAUGCAGGUGAGAUAGCGCGCGUGCGAGAGAGAGUGAGGUUGGCUUAGAAAGGAUUAAGACGAGGAUAAGUAUUAUUGAGAAGGAAUAGAAACUGUACAUAUUUGGUAAAUUAAGUUUAGUUUAGUUUGCAUUGACUGCUCUCUACGUAAUUUUAUGUGUUUCGUACUCUACAUAUGUAUGUACUGUGGAGACAGAGUCCAGCGUUGUAUGACGAUAGUUCGUUUUAUCUGUUAGCUCUGGUCCAAGAAAGGUAGAUUGCAAUAGUAAAUGUAGGAAGAUCUCAUUUUUUUUUUGUUUCUUUAAGAGCGGUUCACAUAUCUUCAUAUGUUGUGUUACAAAUAAAUGAAGAAACCUUUUGUUUCAUGGAACGACAUAACAUUUCAUUUCACUAAUUUAGCCCAACUCUAUCUGUGUAAGAUGGACCAAUAUUAACUUCCACUUCAGGAACUUUACACAACCGACAAAAAUGCAUUUUCUAAGAACUUAAGCUAUUUACAUUCGAAGGAAAUUGGAAGGAUGCCGUCUCAAGAGCGAAUAUUUUACAAAUCGAACCACAUCAACCGGACGUACGAUGCUUACUUGAAAAGAAUACAAUCCAUCAAGUGCUUGAAAAAGAAGAGAUUACAUUUUUGAAUUGCCGCUGAAAUCUUGUUUCCAGUUUGCGCAAUUAUUUCGUUGAAUCGAAUUGCAAAAACAACUAUAUCAAUCGUAUUUAUCCGUCAUUAGUGGUCUGAACCGAAGAGAAAAUAUAACAGAAAAUAUCACUAUUCGUAUAACCGAUUCCCCCCAAUUUAGACAAAUCCCUAGACGCAGAUACGAAAUUCAAACUUAUAGAAAAAAAAACUCUUACCGGCAUCAAUCUACGUAUGUUAAACCACUAUCGAAACCCGCAUAACAACCAUAGCUGUGCAACAUCAGUAGUAGCUUCAUCCCUACGAAUCCAUAGAAUCACCAGAAUCACGCGUGUAAAUGUAAAUAUAAAAAAAAAAUCCAAAAAAUAUUUCUUGCCUUCACAAAAACAAAACAAGUAUGUAUUCAACAAAUAUAUAUGACAUGGAAGAAAUAGCGAUAACAACAAAGGUAUAUUUAUAAAAAAGGAAAAUAUUAUUUUUAUCUAGGAGCUUUUUGUGAGAUGUUAGUGAAUACAAGCAAAACAAAAAAUUGAUGUGACAAGGUAAGCAGGAAAAAGGAACGCUAUUUAUUUUUUACCGGAUGACGACAGUGGGAAAGAAGGCGGACGUUAUAGUCACCCUACACCUAGUGAUAUUUCGAAUCAAUUGCUUUAUUAGACAGGCAUACGAUUUCGUUAUGGAUGUUUUGUUCAAAGACCAACCGAGAUAACUUAAAAUGAGUCAAGUUUAGAAAGAAACAACUUGAAGGAAGGAAAUCAGAACACGAACGGCACAGACAAAAUUCGCAAUGUUGAAUAUAAUGCAACCCCUAAGAAAAUGGUAAAAAAUAAAUUAAAAAAAAGCAACGCUAAAGCAAGUAAACAAAUGAUCACGAAUUCGCUAAAGGCAAAACGAACAGCAUUAUGUAAACCUACCAACUCAGUAAACUAACUACGUAUGGCUUGCUUUCUGCACUUGUGCACAAUUAUAAUCAGACUAACAUACCAAGAAACAAACAAAAAAAAAAUACCGAAGCAAAUCUUAACAAGAAAAAAAAAAACGCUGCUACAGCAAAAGCUUGAAGUAAAGUAAUGAGCUAAACCUUAUAGCUAAAAAUGUUUAAUGAAUGGGAACGUUACGGAAAAAAAAUCACACAGUGGAUUGUUUGUACGUGAUGAGGAAGCCCUAACGCGGUGACCCGUUCUCGGUGCUAGAUGGUGACUGAUCGCAACAUUGACCGAGUUUAUCACCACCCAUGAGCUACAAAGGGGUGUAACCGCCAGGGUCGUUCCACGUGAAUAGAUUCUCGAGCUUGAGUACGUGUGUUAAUUGUUUGGAGAUCAAUUCAACCACAUAGCACCGGGAACUGUUCUACGUCUAAUAAGGGUUAAUGAAAUUCUUGUGUUUUGGGAAUAAAAUAUGUGCUGCAGAAAAAUGUACUUCUCGAUUGUAAGCAGCACUAGCAACAUCCAGCUGAAGCUAUAAAAGAAUGCGAGGAAAAUAGUUGAGAGUAAAACUAUAACAGAAUAAGAAAACGACUGCAUCGCUUUUGAUUACUAUGUAAAUUGUAAAAAAAUAUAUAAAAAUUUCAAAAAAUCUA